AUGGGCUUUGACUAUAGUACAUUCAUAAAUAAGCUCAACGAAUUGGAUGAUGAUGCUGACUGUGCAUUAACACGAGAACAAUUCACACAAUUACUUCAUGAAAUGCCUAUUUCAAAAAAAGAAAAUUUCAUUGAAACUUGCUACAUGGGUUUAAAGACUAAAAAGAAAACGGUUCCAUUUCAAUCAAUCAGAAAUCUUUAUGAAUCGAGCCAGCCAACUUUACUGAAUAAGAAUAUGUUAUUAAUCUUGUUCAGAGGAGUUUCAAAAAAGAAAGAACUGUUUUUAGAUAAAGAGAGUUACCUUAAAAUUGCUACAUUAGCUCUUGAAGACUUCAAUAAAGAUUUAUACGAGCAGAAAUUUGCUGAGCUUGCAGAAACAGAUACUCAAAAGAUAUCGCAUAAAAAUGUUGCUCUAUCUGUUUUUGGAAUACGCGUUGGAUCCAAAGAUGAUCCUUUUACAGAAUCAAUUCAAGUUAGAUCACCUCAUAGCGCAUGCUGCUUACUUAUUUAA